CCGGACUGGAAUGGGUAGUCGCCCUGCCGCGGCCGUGCUAGCUGCCCGCCCGUGAGCCGAGAGGUCCGUCAGAUGAGCUGUAGUGCGCCGUACGAAAGAUAGAUUGCCGUUUGACAAGUAGCCUACGCUGCCAUGGUCGCGAGUGCCGUCGGGUCGGCCUUGGUUGUCUGACAAGUGCGUGAUAGACCGCGAGUGAAGAUGUACGCCAAGGGGAAAGGGUCCACAGUGCCCUCGGACGCUCAGGCGCGAGAGAAAUUAGCUUUAUACGUCUACGAGUACUUAUUACACGUAGGGGCACAAAAGGCUGCACAGACCUUCUUAUCAGAGAUAAGAUGGGAGAAAAAUAUCACAUUAGGGGAACCUCCUGGAUUUCUACACUCAUGGUGGUGUGUCUUUUGGGAUCUGUACUGCGCCGCACCCGAGAGGAGAGACACUUGUGAACAUUCGAGUGAAGCCAAAGCAUUUCACGAUUAUGGUUUUGUUAAUUCUGGCUAUGGAGUUAAUGGCAUUGCACAUAAUGCGCCUGCACCAAGUCCGCUCGGUCAGAUGCCUCCCAACGACGGCAUGCCCGGAGGACCAAUGCCGCCUGGCUUCUUUCCGAACUCGGCUAUGAGGCCGUCUCCCCCCACACAUCCGUCAUCUCAGCCCUCACCUCAACACCCCCAGCCCCCUCCACCCCACAGCCAGAUGAUGUCAAGUCAGCAGUUCAUGGGACCGAGGUAUCCAGGUCCCAGAGGCCCAGGGGGAGUUCGGAUGCCAAAUAUGGGUAGCGAAUUCAAUGGGCCUCCGGGUCAACCAAUGAUGCCGAACAGUAUGGACCCAACACGGCAAGGUGAGGGCGGAGAGUAUGUAGGUUGGCAAGGACCCCCAGGAAUGAAUCCCAUGAAUCCUCGAAUGAACCCUCCCCGUGGCCCCGCCAUGGGCCCCAUGGGCCCUGGCUCGUACGGCCCCGGGAUGCGGGGGCCUCCCCCUAACAGUAGCCUAGGUCCCGGCGGGCCGGGCGGCCCAGGCGGUCCAGGGGGUCCCGGCGGACCGGGUAUGCCCCCAGGAAUGGCAAUGGGAGGCGGACCGGGGGGAAGACCGCAGUGGCAACCAAACACGUCGACGCCUAUGAACUACUCAUCAUCAUCUCCUGGGAACUAUGGGGGCCCACCUGGAUCAUCCGGACCCCCAGGCCCAGGAACACCUAUUAUGCCUAGCCCGCAGGGUUCUGUGGGUCCUUACUCCCCCGCUAGUCAUCGAAUGCCCACUCCAAGUCCUGUUGCAAGACAAGACUCUUCAAAUUCAGGGGGUGAGAAUAUGUACACUAUGAUGAAACCUGUACCUGGUGGAAACAUGCCUGGAGACUUCCCUAUGGGAGGUGGCCCAGAGGGAGGGCCCAUGGGCCCCAUGGGGCCUGUCAUGAACGGGGACGGGCUCGACGGGAUGAAGAACUCUCCAGCCAACGGCGGCCCCGGGACCCCGAGGGAAGACAGCGGCAGUGGGAUGGGUGACUACAAUCUUGGGGGCUUCGGAGGCCCGGGCGAAAAUGAUCAAACUGAAUCAGCAGCCAUUCUGAAAAUUAAGGAAAGUAUGCAGGAAGAAGCCAAGAGGUUUGAGAAAGACUCGGAUUAUCCAGACCAUUUCAUGCAAUAACACCCAGUUCCACUUCUGUGAGGACUGACUGGGCGGUCUUGCUGCCCUGGCCUGCCUUACUCUCUCCUACCUACCCAUUCCCCUGCCUCGCUCCCUGCCUCGAUUACCACCCAUUUUGAUUCCUGUGAAAUCAGAUUGCAGUGUCUCUUUACAUCUCAAGUUUAUCUCAAUUUAUUUAAAUGAAAUUGAAUGAAAACUGAUUUUAGAACAGGUUUCAUUCAUUACGUUCCUUCUUCCUUUAGCGGCUAGUCAGCAAAAUUAAGUAUCUGUGGGAGGCGUGUGAGCCAUUUCAAUACUUUUGACAUUCAUAGAUACUUAACCCUUUUCUUUUGAAUUGUUUCAUUCCACAAGGGAAUGGUCUGAGCUUCUUCUCUCUCUAAACUACAGGUUUUGUGCUUGUUUUAUUUAUGUUCCUAUAAUUAUCAGACUUGCAAUCUGAUUCUUAUUUGUAUUUUUGGAUGUGUGAUAGAGAUGAGGUAAAAGUUUAUGAACCAUAAAUAUGCUUGUAUGAGUGAGUGAAUGAGUGAUUGUGGACGCGCACGGCCGUGUGAGUAUGUUUGUGACUGCGAGAGUGUGAGUGUGAGUGUGAGUGUUUGUGUGGAUGGUGAAAGAUGCCAGUGCUAUUGAAAGCCGCAAAUGUGAUUUUCCUGGCAUGUGUGAAUAUCAGAUUUUGAAGUCGGAUUUGAAGACAUCCUGCAUCCUCUUACUAAACAUCACUUUUAUGCCCACCAAGAAUCACACUAUAUGGCAGGAUUUUCCCUGUACUGAAUUGAAAGUAUCAGAACUUUGUGUUGUUAUUUAUAAAUUUUUGUUCAACUGUUCAUUUUACUUUUAAAAAAUGUUUUUAUUUUCCAGUUUUUAAAAGAUUAUAGAAGUAACUGCAAUCUGAGUCAGUUUAUCGAUAUUUACUACAUGACUUGUUCUGUGGAAAGCUGUAGUUAAUUUAUGUUAUGUUAUUUUGUAGUUUGCAAAUUACUUUUAUGCCUGUAGCAAUGAAGGCUACAUGAUCAUGUCACUGCCCUCAUUUAUUUUCUCCUUUUUAUUCUUUAAUUUCUCUCUCACUAUCUCUCUUCCCGUGCAAGUGAACCUCUUAAGUACAAAUCCAAGAUUGGUAUGGUGUGAACUUUAUGUUGCCAAAGGUAAAGCUCUUGGGCUUAAACAGCAUCAGUUAAUAUUAAGGCUGGUCCUAUUCUGAGCAUGAUCUCUCUGCAACAUAUCUGUAAUUUAAUGAAUUGAGCAUUUGUGCUGGAAAUCACAUGUGUUUCUUUUCAUUUUUAAGGACCAAUUGAUUGUCCUACCACUUUUAACAUGUGUUAAUGAAAUUUAACUAUCAUAAUUACACGUCUAUUAUUAGCAAUGUAGAAUUUUGUUGUUACAGAAGCAAUAUGGUUUUUAAUGUAUGUUGCUUUUUUGUUACUUUUUUGUUGCCAUUUGCCCAUAAAUAUGUGGGCUAAGUGAAGCUGGGCAGCUGAAAAAAAUAUUUCAAGGGUAACAGAGGUUCUCUUGUGUGACUGCUUGUAGUGUGUGAGACUGUGUGUGAGUGAAUGCGCGCGCGCGUGGGUGUGUGUUGGUGUAUAUCUGUCCCUAAGCAGAGAUGCCUCAUUACUUGUAAUAAUUAAUUCAUGCCCCAUUAUGGGGGGGUGGUCUUUAGAGAUAUAAUUUGGCCAAAGCUGGUUAGGAAAAUUGUAAAUAUUAAGUGGUAAGAUUGAGUUACCAUUAUGAAAGAAAAUGUGGUAUUUUAAGGCAAUAUGGGAUGCAUUCACUCACGCACACACUUUGUUUUUGUGACAUGUGUUUGAAUUACUAUGGGACAUCUCUUCAGUGAUGGUGCAAACACUACACAGUAAACAAUACAAUUUUUAUCCGUUUUUAUUUUAUAUUCAUUUUGCAACUGCUUGCCUUAAUGUGCUUACUCUAUCAUGUUGAAUAAUUUUGCAUCGUUGUUCAUGCUUCUAGACUUCAAAUCAGAGAUAAAUAUGUCAUGGCUCAACAAAUUAUUCAACAAAUUGAGAAUCUUGCAGCCCAAGUCAGCGCCAGUACAUUGUUGUUUGACAUCACAGUAAGAUUAUGUCUCUCUUCCUCCUUUUCCAUGCACUUACCCCACUGUACAUACCUAAAUGUUGACAGACCACAGUUAAGAUGAACAUUCACGUAAACGUCACAGUAGCCAAAUUACCUUUUGAAUUACUAUUGAAAUAACUGUAACUAAAGUAAUAUUAUGAGUUGUAAAUAUUUUAAAACUUAUAAAUGACCUUUUCACUUGUUGAUGAAUGAAACAAAUUACCUACAUGUGUAUAAAGAAUUGGCAAGAAUCAGAAUCAGUAUUUAAGAUAUGAAUGCAUGAAGGGCCUCCCAUGUUGGGGGCUCGUAGACUGUGGCAAGUAGAUAUUAAGCGAUCAAGACGUCUCUUACUACCAACUUAAGAGUUGUUUACUCUGUAAUUGAAAUGCAAAUGUGAUGACAUAUUCCUCAUGUUCUUCUUGACAAAGUUUGUGUUGUUUACUGUUUCAUUUUUCUUUUUUUAACUAGUAAAAUUUUGGCUAGUAAAAGUUUGGUGGUUUUUGUGGAUGGAACUUUUUGGAAUUGAAACCGGUCAUUGUGAUAAAACUGUAAAUUUUUUCUGAAUUCUUUUUCUCAGAACUAAAUUUAUAUUGCCACUCUUCAGCCUAGGUGUUUUUGCUGCAUAAACAGUUCAGACCCGUUUUGUGAAAAGUAAAUCCAGUUAUCGGUGUGUAGCUUCUUGGUUGUCAGUUGUACCAUUCCCUCAAAGUACGUAAUUUUUACAUCUGUGGAAAUUGUUUGCUCGGGAGUUUCUGAGCAAAUUGAAACAGCAGAGACCCUAUUGCACAUUGCUUACCUCAUUCAACAUUCGUUCCGUUCUACCAAGGAUGACUGUAACCCUUUGAAAAACAUACUCGAUUCUGUUUGUUUCUCUGCUACUUUCACCUGUGAAACAAGCUUGAGGUGGUUGGUAGUAAUGUAGGCAUCAAUUCAAUAAGUCAAUUUUUGAAAUGGUUUAGGGUUUUUCUUUAUCCUCUAACUUAAUAGCAGUCAAAUUGUUGAUUCUUGGUGUUAUUUUAUAUUUUAUCUGAGGGUGGUGAUCUUAUUGAGUUUCAUGGUAGUUCCACGAUACUUUCACCUUAUCAUGAAAUUAUUGUGCAAUACAUGGCUGUUUAAUGGUAUGAUUCACUUCCUGUAAGUGAUGUUCGUGUUUUUUUAACUACAGCACCAUUUUGAUAGUGAAUCAAAAACUAGUGUGAUCCAAAUCCUACAGAUCUAUGAGAUUUAAAAUUUGCCAAAUUUAGUUUAAAGCAAACUAAUAUUGAGGGGCUUUUGCACAUUUUCAGUAUUAUUGACAAAUAUCAGUGAUAUGACAUGUAUCAUUCAUCGCAUAGGAAUUGUAUCCUUUACAAAUGUUCCUUUCUGCAUUGACUAUGUAAAUAGUACUUUUUCAAGUUUUGUCAAACAAAUAACUGUCGGGAAAACGACUUUCCUUAAGUUUUUAAAACUUCUCUAUCUAUUGUUGGUCAGAACCCGAAGUUGAGAAAGUACUUUCUAUGUAGUUUUUGAAGGCCAACCAAGUGGUUAAUUAAGAGAAAAAUGAUGUGGCCAAAGAAUAUGCUGUAGUUGUAUUUUGUUCUGUAAAAUGUUAUUCCAUACACUUUUCUAUGAAGUUCACAGAAAGAAGGCUAGGUUCUCAUGACAGUAAAGGCUGUUUUUGUUUUUAAUUUUUUAAAGAUAUCUAAUUUUGAAGACAAUUGUGAACUAGACUCCUUUUCUUUAUAUUAUGUUUUGUUGUUGUUGAAACGGAUUUCACCUAGAAAUUUGUGACGUAUUGUGAAACGUUCCAAUGAAAUAAAUUAUUAAUCUAUUUCAGCAUCUCUUGCCAGAUAUGUUGGUGAAGUUGACUUAUAGAUAUGGUAGGAUACAUUGUAUAAAGUAGACUCAUGGAGAAUAUUCUAUUAUUGUAAUGAUUAUUAUUGAUUAUUAUGGUCAUUAUUAUUAUUAUCAUUGUGAUUACGUGUGGCAUUUUUAAAUAAAUGAAAGGAGAAAACUUGA